AUGGCGGGCGGCGAGUACUCGCCUAUUCUACGCCCAAGCCUCCAGCUCGGCAACCGCCUGGAGGCGUUCACUGUCGGCGGUAAGCUCGCUCAGAGGAGGAAUGCGGCAGACUCGGGAGUGCCGGGAUACACAGUCAAUAACAAUAGUGGGACAAAACGUUGUAAGACGUUUACCAAAACUCAUUAUAUGCUGCGUUAUAAGAGUGAAUCCAGUAUUCUGCUCUUUGGCUUAGAGAGUGGAAAGCGUCUUCCCAUCAAGAUGGAGUCUUUCCUCUUGGAUGACAUUGGCUCCAUGAUACAGAACAAGGCCAUUGAGAGAAUCAUCUCACCAAUGACUGUUCAGCUUUGCCAUCUGAUCAUCUCAAUGGAGAGGAAAGACAUGGACAAUGAAGUAUUUGCCUCUUUGGAGAAGAUGGCAGAGGAAUUGGCUCAAGCUAGUGAAGAGUUUGUGCAAAUUGCCCAAAGGUUGGCGGGAGACUCUGAGGAAGUGUGGCUCCAGGAGGAAAUGGGGGUUGCCGCGGAGUCUCUGAUCCUGUCUUCAAGGAAUAUCACGCUGGUAGCUCAGAAGCUCCAUCUUCAGCCGGAAUGUCAGAGCCACCAGGAGGAGCUAGUGACCACGGCUCAGCACAUCCUGGUAGACACCACGAAGGUCCUGCUGCUGGAAGACGCGGCGACGGCGAGGAAGAUGGUGCGAGCGGCGGGCUGGUGCCUGACUUGCCUGGACGCGCUGGAAGCGGCGGGCGACGCGGCCUCGCUGCGCGGCCCCUUCGCCGACCUGGCGGUGGCGCUGCAGAGCCUGGGCGGCCUGACCGCGCGCGGGUCCGAGGAGCGCCUGGGCCGCGCCAGCCGCCUGCUGCGGGGCUGCGUCCCCGCGCUGCUUGUGGCCGCCCGCGGGCACCUCCGGCGUCCCCGCGACCCGCGGCUGGCCGCCUCCCGGCGCCACGUCUUCGCUCUGGCCAGGAAGACCCUGGGCGAGCUCCUAGGGCGCCUGGAGCCCGGCGCCGCCCCAGCGGCCCGCGCCGCGCACGGCGCGCUCCCUCGGAGCCUGCGGCAGCUGCGGGAGCUGCUGGCGGCGCCCGGACCCAAGCGGCUGCGCGGCGAGCUGGACGCGCCGCUGGCGGCCGUGGUCUGGCACUGCAUGCGCCUGGCCGCCUGCUCUCCGCCGCCCGAGCGCCUGCGCCUAGUGGCCCGUUGCCGCCGGCUGCUGGAGCUGCGGAGCGCCGGCGUCCGGCGCCUGGACCCGAUUGACGGGCCUCCGGGGACGGGCGGGAACAGCCAGGAGCCGGGGGAGGAGUGCGCAGCGCUGUGGGCCGCGACUGAGGACCUCUCCCAGGGGGUCCGCACCGGGCUGCUGCGCCAGAUCCUGGACACGUUCACCGACACGCAAAGCCCUCUUCAAAGACUGGUCCGGGCCGCCUUGGCUACUCCCUCAGUCUCCUCCCGGUGCGAUGGCGAGGCCUUGCCUGAGAGCCUCCAGCUUCUCCUCGCUGCUUUCCAUGACCAGGCCAACCGGAUGUUCAGAGUGGCUCACUUGGUCUUGGUUUGCUGCCCACGACAGCAAACUGGCAAAGACAUGGAGGCCACCAUGGCAGGCCUUUGGGGGCUUGUGGUCAGAGUGCAACAGCUUUUUGCACAAAGCCCCCAAGGGUCUGGUCUGGACUGGAGCCCUGCUGCCCUGCAGGCUUUGCUUCAGGAGUGGGCCAGGGCAUCUGAAGGCUUAUUAGCAUGUUUUGAUGAUGUUCUCGAUAUUCCUGAGUUCCUGAGUGUGUCCAUUCAGGAAAUGACCAAGCACUUGGACUUUUUUACAUGGGCUUUGAGGAGUGGAGAUUCCAGAGAGUUUUCUCCACUUGUGGCAUAUUUACAGGGUCGAGGGACACACAUAGUGCAGGUGAUGAGCAGGUAUGUGGACCAAGAUCGAGAUCCUAUUUUCCGGAAUGGCCUGAGAGUCUUGAUCCAGCAGCUGGAGCAAUCCUCCCGGGUCCUGGGUGCAACUGGGGAUCACUGUUCAGGUGGGCACGGCUCUCAGGACACAGAUGCACUAUUAACCUUGGCGAAACAUGUGAUCUCUUCAGCUCAGAGCAUCCAAGAGGGGCUGGAUGGAACUAACCACCCAGAUAUCCUCAGUCCCCUUCGGGACCAAGUCCAGAGGUUUGACAUGGCUGAGAGACGCUCUUAUUUCAUUCUCUCCAGCCUCCAGAAUUGCACAGCUCCUGCACUGAAACACCAAAGGGAACCUGGGUUGGGGAAAAGCGACCAAGGCACCUCCUAUCCACCUAGGGAUCAUCUUUUUUGCCCCUUGAUUCUUGACACCGGUCUACAGAAGGUGGGCUCUCCACUCCCUGCCAUCGGCAAACCCAUGCUUGCUGUAGACAGCCUGAGCCACCAGGGAGUGACCUCAGCUCACACCAUCCUGCAGGACCAGGAUGCAGCUGUAGAGGCAGCUCAGGAGGCCCUGGCUGGAGAGGGACCACUGGGGUCAGAGAGGAUGACUGGACUCCAAGAAAUCCCAUCACUGGCACCUUCUAUUAUUGACCUAGCCAGGGAGAUAGAACAUUGCACAACUGCUAGAACUGAUAGGCUUCUGGAAGUGGCUCUCCAACUGUCUGGGAAGACCAGGAAAACCAGGCAAAGUUUGGUAGCCAUAGCUGGUGACUGGUAUUCUCUGUGUCAACAGCUGUUUUGCAACAACCCAGCAGCUGAUCUUCAAGAGAACAUGACAGUGUUCAUGGAGCUUCAGCAGAACUUAGCCUCAAUGGUUCAACUAGCAGUCAAAAGUGGACCCAUGGAUUCGGGUAAGAAGGAUUCUGACUCAGCUGGGCAUCCAGAAGCACAUUUACAAGUGCAAGGCAGAUUGGAGGAGGUGGAGACCCAUGCCAAACAGCUUUUGGACAAAGUUCUGGCCUCUGAUGGUUUCCAAGCCCCCAGGUCGUGGGAGGAGAGCAUUGAGGAUGGGUGCCUUCUAUGGUCAGUGGCUGUGCAAGACCUGCUCCAGUGCCUGGAGAGGCUCAGCGGGAGACAAGGCCUGUUCCUACUGCCACUACGACAGGCUGUGAAGGACCAGCAGGGGCUGCAGGAAGGGUUGGCUCAGGCAGCAGAUGUUUCUCAAAGGCUCCAAGAAGCUGCUAGGCUGUCUUGUCUUCUGUGUGGGGAUGAGCAGGUAAAGGCUGAGAUCUCCUUUCUGUGCAGGGAGGUUCACGUGCUCACAGAUGCUCUGCUGGAUGUGGCACAGAUCCUGGCCUCCUUCCCCAAACCAUCUCCCAGCCUGUCCACCCGCUUUGAACUUCUCUGCUUGGAGCUCACCCUUCAAGCCAAGGCCCUGACUGGCCACCUCAGCAGCAUCAAUGCAGACUAUGAACAUGUCCUCCAAGGUGCCUUCGGCCCAAGGCUCUCUGUCUGCAAAGACCCCCAGACCCGGCCAGAAGGCUCUCUGGAAAGAAUGGUGUCUGGUAUCCAAGCUGUGCAGGGAAUUGUGGCUGGAGGUCAGGAGUCUGGGCCCUGCCAGGAAGACCUUCUCAUGGCUCUGGAGAGCAUUCUCGUCCUCACGAAGGAGGUAGCCCAGCGGGUCCCUGUGCUCCGAGAAUGCCCAGAGGACUGGCUUCAGCAGGAGUGGGCAGCCAAGGCCCACCAUGCUGUGGCCCAGCUCCAGACCUGGAAAGGUGGUCACACCAAGGCUUGGAGACUCCUGGCCCAGUGCUUGAAGCCCAGUGAUGAAGAGGACCCCACCCAGCCCCAGCUCCACCGUGGGGAGGGUGCAUCAGGAGCCGCUGAAGCCAGCAGUGUAGACUCUCAGGGUGCUGCUCCAAGAGACACCGCAGGGAGCUCAGUGGGGACCUGCACUGCUGAUCCAGGCAUCACCGGGAUCGUCGCAGACCUGGGCACGCACCAGCAUAGUGGCACCCCUAGCAGCUCCCCCGGCUGUCCAGCCUGGCCGCACACUGAGGUGGAUCUGCCCCUCCCAGAGGAUGGCAGCGUGAACAGAAUCACCCAGGUUAUCCAGGAGAUGGCCAAGGAGGUGUUCCUGAUGGCUCAGAGUCUGAGGAGGAGAGGAUGCAUCUUGACCAAAGAACAGCUCAUUACCUCUGCCAGGAAAAUUGCGACUUCCGGACAAAACUUCGCCAGACUUAUCCGCAUCAUUGCUAAGAACUGUGUAGACCAAAGAUGUUCCCAGGAGCUUCUGUAUAUGGUAGAGCAGAUUCAGACAAUGAGCAGCCAGCUCCGCAUCAUCUCCAGAGUAAAGGCCUCCUUGGCAAGAAGCAAGUCCUCUGAAGAGCUCCUGGUGGAAAAUGCACAGCAGCUCCUCCGUACUGCCUCUAAGACUGUGAGGGCUGCAGAAGCUGCCAGUCUCCGGAAGGCUGAGAGAAAAGCUCAGGACCGGCCCUAUGGAUCAGUGAGCAUCCCUCCCACCAGCACGCCGGUGUGGCCACAGCUACAGCCUCCCACAGAUCCUGCAGCACCACCCAGGGCAGGGCCAGUCUCCAUGUCCCAGUGCCCAGGCCAUGGUUUGAGACAGCCUUCCCCAGAUCCGGAGGAACUGGAAGUUGCUGCCUUCUGCAUGCAGUGGAGAAGAAAAUUGCGAAGGCACAGACUUCAAGAAACCUCAGACCUGGACUGUGAUGAGCUGGGCCUGCGAAAAACAAGCACUAAAGGGUCCCCGACACUCGUGGCCCUGGUUCAAGAAGCAUUAUAA